CGUGUGUUUUAUUACGAUACUUCUGAAUCCCUAUGUCACAGCAGUUUAUCGUAAAUACAAACUAAAUAAUAGAAAAAAAAUGUGUCGACUUUCCCGACCUUUGUGCACACUGGAAUUAACUAGCAACACCGAAACGACGCCGCGACACCCGUCAGUUCACAUAUAAGUUGGUGACACUAUACUUAGGUCUAAAAGAAUUAUAAAUAAUGACAUUACUAUAUUUUAGUGUAUAAUUAUGUCGUCAUAUGAUUUACCCAUUAUAUUAGUAAGUGCAACGGAUAAUAGUACAGCAACAAAAAUUAUUUCAGAAUUAAUAGACAACAUUGUAGAAGAUAAAAAGUACAAAGAGACAGGUUGGCAUGUCUGGCGGCUAGAGAACAAGUAUUAUGAGGCAUCAGUGCGGUUGCAGGCGUUGCCAGACGCCGCUGCGCCAACACCCCCCAUGCCGCGCGCUGAUGCACAUCUCAUCUAUCUCUCAGCAACUGAGAGCGAGGGCGAGGGCGAGGGCGCGAGCGUGGCAGAGGAGAGACGCGCGCGCGCCAGUCCGCUGCUGCGUCGCGGUGCCGUGCGCCUAGCGCUGCUCGACGGCCACGCCCCCAGCGGGGCGCUGGCGUCGUGGGCGACCAGCGCGCGCUACGAGCUGGUGGCGCUGCGCGAGGAGGGCGGUGCGGGGGAGUGGGAGGGCGACGUGGGCGAGGUGGGCGUGGCGCGCGCGCGGUCUGCGCUACACGCCCACGUAUGGCCGGGCCUACGCCGGCGCGGCGCCGCACCCGCGCCUCUCUUUUACUCAGAUGACGAGGAAUCAUCGGACGGCGGAAGUUGUGACGAAGAAGAUGAGGAGAGCGCCGUAGAGCGCGCGGAGGCGUUCGCCGAGGCGCUGGGUGUGCUGGGCGCGGUGGGCGCGGGGGGCGUGGUGGGCGCGGUAGGCGCGGUGGGCGAGGAGGGCGCGGCGGGUGAGGGCGAGGAGCGCGGGGUGCGGCGCGAGCGCGCGGAGCAGCUGGUGGCGGCGUUCUGCCGCGCGCUGGGACACGACCUGCACCUCUGCUGACGGAGACGCGGCACCGCUUGAGGUGAAACGAACGUGAAAUGUUAAACGAAGCUGCUUAAAAUGAAUUACUGAAAACCGAUCGAAAUCGAUGUAUGUAUGUAUAUGACGCCAUACAAAUUUCAGUACAACAGUAUUUUAUGCCUGCGCGUUUUAACAAAGUUAUGAAUAUAUAAAAGUGCCAUCAGCAGGAGGAGGAGGACUUACGUGACGUCGGCCGUCGGACAUUACCUGUCACCUCGCCUAGUUAAGGAACAUUUCUGAAUGUUAUUAAUUACUUUAGUGGACAACACAUUUUCUACGAAACUGUAACUGUACCUAUAAUUCAAGGAAACAAAAAUAAAAUUUUAAAGCAA